GCUGGUGUUCAAGCUGGCCAUUCUCUAGGCCUACAUGUCGGAGGUACAGGCCCAGCAGGUGGAGCCCAAGGCCCGUGAAAGCCCAACCCGCAAAAUCCCAACCCUCAAAACCUUCCAAAUCUAUCGCUGGAACCCCAAAAACCCUUCAAAGCACAAGGUCAAGGACUACCAGAUCAACCUAAAGGAGGGUGGGCCGAUGGUCCUCGAUGCGCUCAACAACAUCCAGAAUAAGAUUGACCCGAGCCUCACGUUCCGCCGCUCAUGCCGCGAGGGGAUCUGCGGCUCCUGCGCAAUGAACAUCGACGACUACAACAACAUUGCGUGCCUCACCAAGAUCCCCUUGGAAAAAAACUCCGCCGCCAUGACGAUCACUCCUCUGCCACACAUGUUCGUGAUCAAGGACCUGGUUAUGGACAUGACGAACUUCUACACAAAUUUAAGAGAAGUUAUGAUAUGUGCUACCAUACUUGUUUAUUGUAGUUAUAGAUGGUUUCACAUUCCUGGAAUUGUAAUAAGAUUUUUCUUAACUUUUAAUUUGUCUUCUCUUUGCUGAUGUGUAUUGUGUUCCUUCUGUAGGUCCUCCAUAAAAUUAAUCACUCAAAUAUCAUAAAGUUGAAAGAGGUUGUUAGAGAAAAUAAUGAACUAUUUUUCAUUUUUGAA